AUGAUUUAUGCUCACUUCCCCAGAUUCCCCAAGCUUGAUGACGAGAUGUGUCAAGCGCUAGCACGCCAAGGUUUUUUAGCUAAGGUGAUGCCUGGAAAUCCCCAUGAACUUGGAAAGAUUGGAAGGAUCCCCCAAGGGACCCUUGAUCGAGUGCAGCUGCUGGAGAUCAGGCCGUUUCAACAUGGGGAAGAGCGCAGGCCCCUAGUGCUUGGCCAAGUGAGGGAGAGCUGCGGCUGCGACAGCCAGCUGUGUGACCGAGUCUUCACAGGUACUGAAGGACACAAUGAAGGACACAUGGCAGGUGAGUCAGGAUACUCUUGA